GCGCGGCGUGGCGAGCCCAUGGCGUCCCCGGGCGGCGGCUCCCCGGGCCUCCUGCUCUGGCUGCUGCUCCUCCAGCCCUGGCUCGGUGGGGCGCAGAGCGGGUCCGCGUCGCCCCCACUCUCCUCGGCGCCCACCUCCCAGUCGUCCUCGGGGGGCGGCCACGAGGUCCCCGGCGCGAGCGUGUGGAGGGCUGAGGGACAGUCUGCGACCCCGGGGCCCCAAGAGGCUGCCGCAUCCCCCCAAGUGGUGGCGGUCACCCCAGGUGCCUCUGGCCCGUACAGGGCUGUGGCUACGGCAAAGCAACUGUUUCCUGCAGGAUGCGGCCAGAGGUCCAUGAGGAUAGUGGGCGGAUUCCCCGCGGCAGAGGGGAAGUGGCCUUGGCAGGUGAGCCUGCAGAUCAAUGACAUACACAUGUGCGGAGGCUCCCUCAUUGCCAGUCGGUGGGUGCUGACCGCCGCCCACUGCAUAUUUGGCCAUGUGGAGUACACGGCAAAGCUGGGAGACAUCUUCAUGGAGGAGCAUACCUCCAGAAUGGCCAUCGAGAUCCCCGUCCAAGACAUCGUUAUUCAUCAAGAUUACAAUCCUAUCGGAAUAAUUGAGAAUGACAUUGCCCUUGCUCUGCUUGAGUUCCCUGUGAAUUUUUCCUCCCACGUGCAGCCUGUGUGCCUCCCCAAAAAGGCGUUCAUGGUACAAGGUGGUACUGAGUGCUGGGUGACUGGAUGGGGGAAGCUCAACGAAGCAGAUCAACCCGGAAAAGUUGUGAAACGGCUACAGGAGGCUGAGCUAAACAUUGUCCGUUAUGAGAAAUGUAACACGAUGCUCCAAACAGAGAUGGAAACUAGCAGCGACCUAGUCAAGGAGGGGAUGGUCUGUGGUUACAGUACCCAAGGAAAGGAUGCCUGCCAGGGAGACUCUGGGGGGCCCCUGGUCUGUGAACUUAAUAAGACAUGGGUCCAGGUGGGGAUUGUGAGCUGGGGCAUUGGCUGCGGUCGCAAAAAUCUUCCCGGAAUUUAUACAGAAGUUAGUUUCUACAAGGACUGGGUCAUUGAUCGCUUGAGUCAGGCUUGCUCUUGGGACGCAGCAGGCUUCUUCCCAUUUCUGUGCCUGGUGCUGCCCCUGGGCAUCCUGGUGGCCCCGUGAUCACCCCGGCCCACCCCCUCCUAUUUCCGAGUCUCACACUGGGUCUCUCCUCCGACCUCCCACUCCUGCUCAGAUGCCCUUUCCUCCAAUUCUAGUUGGCAUCCCCUGACCCUGUAAAGAGCCACACAGUAGGAACUGGCAGCAAGGCUGGAGCCCCGAAAGCAUCCCAGCCUGAUGCCCCAGUCACCUGCACAACCUUGGCUGUACCUUUGCCCUCCUGGAAGGAUGGGGUCAGGCAUCCCAGCCUGAGAGCCGGCCGACCUGCCAGGGGCAGUGCGGGGCUUCCUUGUCAUCUUGGAGAGCCUCUGCGAGAGAAGAGCCCUCAGGAGCGGUGAGACAGCGUGGGACCUGGGUGUGGUCUCAGGCUGUCACCUGACCCCGUGUUAAAGCAGUCAGCUUGCUGAUUGUGCAGAGAGAAAGAGAGAGAGAGGGAGGGGGUGUCACUAUGUCCCUGCUGAGGUGUGAGGCCUGGGGUUUCCACAUGGGACUGGGGCAUCUGGGGCUGGGAGACGUUUCCCUAUCACCCAGCUCGGAUCCUGCCACAAGACCCUCCUGGGGCAAUCCUGCGGUGGGCCCUCCUUCCUCAGUCCCUAGUGGCCCCAUCUAGGCUCAGCCCAAACUAUGUGGAUGCAUUAAGGAAUGUGGAGAUCUCUGAUGUCAACUGAAUAAAUGUUUGGAGCG